CUGUGUCGCUCCGUUUUUUGAUUUGGUGUUGAUUGUUCAAAAGUAAAAAUGACGACGGGCGAGCAAGACCGUGAGAAAAUCCUUCAGGAUUACCGCAAGAAGCUGAUGGAGCACAAGGAGGUUGAAUCUCGACUGAAAGAGAUGAGAGAGCAACUGAAGGACCUCACCAAGCAGUACGAUAAGUCGGAGAACGACCUGAAGGCCCUACAAAGCGUGGGGCAGAUCGUCGGGGAGGUUCUGAAGCAGCUAACCGAGGAGAAAUUCAUUGUCAAAGCGACGAACGGGCCACGGUACGUCGUAGGAUGCCGUCGUCAACUCGACAAGGCCAAACUAAAGGCGGGCACGCGAGUCGCGCUCGACAUGACCACGCUCACGAUUAUGCGAUACCUACCGAGAGAGGUCGACCCCCUCGUCUACAACAUGAGCCACGAGGAUCCCGGCGAUGUCACCUACUCGGCCAUCGGCGGUCUAUCCGAACAAAUCAGGGAGCUGAGAGAGGUCAUCGAAUUGCCGCUGCUCAAUCCGGAGUUGUUCCAACGCGUCGGGAUCACGCCGCCGAAAGGUUGCCUGUUGUACGGUCCGCCGGGUACCGGUAAAACGCUACUGGCACGAGCCGUCGCGUCACAACUCGAUGCGAAUUUUCUCAAGGUGGUAUCGAGCGCCAUCGUCGAUAAGUACAUAGGCGAAUCGGCGCGCCUCAUCCGCGAGAUGUUCAACUACGCCAAGGAUCAUCAGCCGUGCAUUAUAUUCAUGGAUGAAAUCGAUGCUAUUGGUGGUCGCCGAUUCUCCGAGGGUACGUCGGCGGAUCGCGAAAUUCAGCGAACGCUAAUGGAACUGCUGAACCAGAUGGACGGCUUCGAUUCGCUGGGCCAAGUGAAGAUGAUAAUGGCGACGAAUAGGCCCGACACGCUCGAUCCGGCACUCCUACGUCCCGGUCGGCUCGAUCGUAAGAUCGAGAUACCGCUGCCGAACGAACAGGCGCGCUUGGAGAUCCUGAAAAUUCACGCCGGUCCCAUAGCGAAGCACGGCGAUAUCGACUACGAGGCGGUCGUCAAGCUUUCGGAUUCGUUCAAUGGAGCGGACUUGAGAAAUGUCUGCACGGAGGCGGGACUGUUUGCGAUACGCGCCGAAAGAGAGUACGUCGUCCAGGAGGAUUUCAUGAAGGCAGUGCGAAAGGUUGCGGACAACAAGAAGUUAGAAAGCAAGUUAGAUUAUAAGCCGGUAUAGUAGCGACUUAUAAUACUUUUUUUUUUCUAUUUAAUUUAAAAUAUAAAUAAUAAAGAUUAACAGAGA